GGCCUGUCAUCCAAGCAGAGCAGUCGCAUGGCUGGUGAGCUCCUCCUUUAAGCGUUGAUUUGAGGCACUAAAAGGCCACCAAUCUGCAGAUCAAACCGUGCAAAAAUAAAAGCGCGAUCAAAGGCAUCCUGGCGAACCAGCUAAUGACAAGCUACUGACGACACUCACCGGAUUGCCCAAACCCGGACAUUGCAGCCUACAGACGGACCUGCCAGUCGAGAUUGCCAAACAGACCGACAGAUUUGAUCUUCUCCCCAAAUCCCGGUCCCUACCAGGGAACACUGCUACACCUUCCAAACAUAGCAGCUUACACUCACCUUACCGACAAGUGGUGAGUAGUGUGCCCAAGAUGGCCACCGCACCGACUGACCACAUGCCCCACUGGGAGCAAAAGUUCCAGGCGGUUUUUGACACUCCAGCAGCAAUUCACACUCACAUCAACCAAGCCCACGGAGGCUCCAAGCGUGGAACCGACCCCCUGCACCUUCAUGAGGCAGAGAGCCAAGAAGAGCAAGCACCCUCCACAGCAUAUGCCUGGGGUAAAGCGUCCCUGCAGAACCCCAACAUGGAGACAUGCUACCAGACCUCGCCUACCUGCACACGGCCCACACACUCAGGCAGCCCAGCACCCUCCAGCAUCAAGAAGACGCAGUCUGGCUGUAGUGAGUAGAGCGCAUAGCAGUAAACUGGCUUAUAGUAACGAGAUACACAGCGUACGACGGUUCAGAAGACACAGACCACCUGUUUUAGCCUGGCCUGCUGGCUAAGGGCAUUGGAUGACCAUGGAACUCUGAGCCCAGGUUUUACUCCCAGCUUUCCUACUGAUUUUCUAAGGUUGUCUAAUGUCUCUCUCACCUCCUACCAUUAUGCUAAAGUCUAAACACAAACGGUGGCCUCUCGGUGGUAAAAUAUCAUAUCAGCAUGCCUCCACCACAAAUACAUGAUAUAGCAAAUGUGCAUCUCACUAUCUCUCUAAGUUUAAUUAUUUUUACCCUGCUAAUGUUGAUGUGGACAUGCCAGUUUAGCUUGUUUUACUCAUGAUUUGUAAAUCAAACUAAUAUGCUUUAAAUUCGACACUCCUGUACUUAAAUAUAAUAAUAUAAAUAUAAAAUUAGUGCACUGUUACAACAUACCCCACUGUUCUUAUUGAUAUGUUAUCACUGUUCUGAAAUAUGCAUGCGGACUGCCUUUGGGGUACCACAUGCCUGUAUGUUACCUUCAUAUGCACUGCAAAAAAAACAACAAAAAAACAGCAACAAUAAGCACAGUUGUGUACAAGCAAAACAAAUGUGUGACAGUCGAAUAACCUGCAUUUAUUUAUUUAUUUGAUUUUUUUUUUUUAUUCUUUAUUUUUUCGUGCAUGAGUUAAUUUAACAAGCAUUCAUGUCAUGCCCCAACAGCAGUGACAUGCAUUGAAAUUGACAAAGUAUAACAGUUGUGGCUUAUGAAAUCGAUGCACAUUUUUGUAUGAGGGUUAACAAAGGAAACAAGAUGAUAGCCAGUGGUGUGACAACACAUCAAUUAAUAAAAAGACCAGACUAUUCCUGCUCACUGUAUGAGUGUAGCUUGCAAGAUUAAACAAUGGUUGUACAUAUGAAACAGAUUUAGAAUACGGUGAGUGUAAUAACUGACUGACCAUUCUUAUUAUGUAUGCCUUAACAAACAGUUGUGUGGCUAUUUAUAUCAGGAAAUCGAAUCUUAAGUAGGUCCCCAGCAAACAAAACUUACGAAAAGUAGCCUUCAUACAGUGAGGGACAUUGACAGAUUAAUCUUGUGGUAGAAGAGUGGGG